CUAAAUCUACUCUCUCUCUCUCUCCAUCGAGAUUGGAGUGUUGUAAAGAAAUGGCGACGGUAGCGGGGCAGCUGAUAUGGGAGAUGGUGAAGAAGAACAACUCUUUCUUGGUGAAGGAGUUUGGUAAUGGAACUGCCAAAGUGCAGUUCAGCAAAGAGCCCAACAAUCUCUACAAUCUCAACUCCUACAAGCACUCUGGGUUGGCAAACAAGAAAACUGUUACAAUUCAACCGGGAGGCAAAGAUAACUCGGUGGUGCUUGCAACGACAAAGACUAAGAAGCAGAGCAAGCCUGCUACUUUGCUUAACAAGUCUAUCAUGAAGAAGGAGUUCCGCCGCAUGGCAAAGGCAGUUUCAAACCAGGUGGCAGAUAACUACUACAGGCCAGAUCUGAAGAAGGCAGCCCUUGCAAGGUUGAGUGCCGUGCACAGGAGUCUCAAGGUUGCAAAAUCUGGUGUCAAGAAGAGGAACAGGCAGGGUGUUAAGAUCCGUGGUAGGAAGUGAACUUGAGGAGUUCUUUUCCAUUUUUUGGUUCCGUCAUUGUCUUGUCUUCUAUGCAUCCUAGAGUACCAGAGCUACCCAUUUUACUUGUUGAAACUAAUAUUAGUUUGAACACUGAUAGUAUUAUAUUUUUGGCCAAGAGCCAUGACAUGCUUGGGUUUUCAACUAGUUUAUUUCUUAUGGUGGGACUUCAAUUUAGUAUCAUGAAAGAUGAUGAUAUGCUAUUCAUAUCUUUUUGAUUGUUGAUUGGUGCUCAAGUUAAACAUCCAUUAUUUUUUUUGUUGGUACUUGGG